GGUCACACUGCUUCAAAGAAAUAAAAAUGAGGCGUUAUAAUAAUUUAGUAACUCUUUUAACGGCCAUAACUGCCUUUUUUUUUGGAAGUUUUAUCACGAAAAUACUUAGUUCGGUAGAAAAAUGUCCAUCACACUGGAGCGAAGUAUCAGACUUGAAAUCGCAUCCGAAUCUGUUCCUCAUGAUAUUGGUGUUAAGUACACCACGCAGUGCUGAGCAGAGGAAUGCCAUGCGGAAGACCUGGCUCCAAACUGCAAGGAAGUUCAUUCAGCAGCCUUAUUACCCCGAAGAGCUUAUCUAUCUUCCAACCUACGGCCCCAAUGGCCUUCUGCAGUUGGAGUUAGUUGAUCAGCAGGCGAAUCGCCUGAAACAGUAUAUGGACUGGCAGAAAAGUCUCCUGACUAGAAUCCCCCUAUUGGCGCAGAGGCAGAUUAAAGUUAAGCACCUGUUUGCCAUUGGCACUAUCAAGAUAAGCAGCUCCCUGGAGACGGAGCUCCUAAGAGAGCAGAAUCAACAUAACGACCUUCUGCUGCUGCAACGGCACCAUGACACAUACGGCAGUCUUACAGAGAAGCUGCUGCAGGCCCUUAAAGCUUUAAUACACAACUAUGAAUUCUCAUAUAUCAUCAAAGUGGAUGACGAUACCUACGUUAAGCUGGACAGCUUACUCAAUGAGCUUGUUUCUUAUGAUCGAAAGUUACUUCGCAAAAUAUCUGAGUAUGGCCCUAAUCCCAUACCCCAGCUUUAUUGGGGCUACUUUAAUGGUCGAGCUAAAAUAAAAGAGAAAGGCCAUUGGAAAGAGACUAAUUACUACCUAAGCAAAAACUAUCUGCCCUAUGCUCUUGGCGGAGGAUACGUAUUAUCUCGAAAAAUAUGCGAAUAUAUUGUCAAUAGUUCGCAACUGCUCACGCCUUAUGUGUCCGAGGAUGUCUCUAUAGGCACUUGGCUAGCUCCACUUCGUCACGUAUAUCGCUGGCACGACCCUAGAUUUGACACGGCCUACAUGCCUCGAAAAUGUAAGCCAUAUCAUAUUGUUUUGCACAAACGAAGUCUAGAAAUGAUGACUGACAUCUACCAUGGCAAACUCUGCAGUGGCACCGUUUCGAGCUCAUUACCCGAAUACUAUUACGAUUGGACGAGAACAGCAGACAAAUGUUGCGAUAGUUUAGUAGUGUAGCCAUGUCAUGGAAUUUUUAAUAACUAUAGAAUAGAAAUUAGUAUAUUGGCUUACCUGUGCU